AUGACCGUCGCCCAAACAAUCAUCAUCUUCACCAUCACAGUGUCGCUGGUGACCUUUGUAGCUUUCUUCGGACGACUGCCGGCUUUUAGAAACACGCCCAUAGGCUUCCUCAACCGCCUCUUCCUCAUCCACAUCCCUUCCGCAUUCCGAAAGCUCGAUCUUGCCCUCACCAAUGGCCGCAUUACCAAUGGCGGCGCCCGCCUGGGCAACUACCUCAUGCACGACAAGCACCCGCUGGUCGUCAUCUUCUUCCUCGGCCUUGUGACCGCAUGCGCGACGCUGUUCCUGCCCACCGUUUGGCACCUCAUCCGACCGCAUCACAAGCUCCUAGCCUUCGUUCUACUGCCGCAGCCAUACAUCUUCCUAUAUCUCAGCGCAAAAAGCAACAGCCAGACAUACAUCACUACGCUCAAUCAUGCCGAGCAGAUGCGACACUACCCGUACGACAGGGUGCUGUACUAUCCAGGCACGCCGUGCCGAACAUGCAAAUUCUUGAAGCCAGCGCGGAGCAAGCAUUGCAGUAUAUGCAAGACAUGCGUGUCGAGGAUGGACCAUCAUUGCAUAUGGGUCAAUAACUGUCUGGGGCGGGGCAACUACAAGUGGUUUCUAGCCCUGCUGCUAUCCACCGGCAUAUUGAUCGCGUAUGGCGCAUAUCUGGCCUACUACAGCCUUUCGCCGUUGGUUCACAGACAUUACCUGAAGUACGAAGGAUGGUAUAGAUACAGCCCCAAGCAAGGCGUAAACAUGAAGAGCUGGUUUGGAUACUUUGACAGGAAGACCCACUAUUUUCUCAUCUACACAACCAUCUACCUCGACAUGGGCGGUGUGCGCGGAUCUGGAGUUGGACUACUGGCUCUUCUCACAUGGCCGCUUCCGUUGGGUCUGCUCGCAUACCACGUCUACCUGAUCUGGGCCGGCAUGACUACGAACGAGAGUGCCAAGUGGGCGGACUGGCGAGACGACAUGGCCGAUGGCGUCGUUUUCCUGGGCCAUAGGCGGGAGGAUACCAUGCAAGAAUAUCGCUCAGCAACACCUGCACGGGAACAUACACAUGCUUCCGCGCAUUCUUCCUCGUCAACGUCGCCCUUCCCGACUCCUCCGGAAACCCCGCCAGAAGACGAAGAGCCGCCAACAACAUGGCCGCUGGAAAGCAGACACAUUCUCAUCCGCACGCGAAAUGGUCAACCGCCCAAAACACUUCCGAGCCGCAUACAGUCAGUAGCUAGAGAAGAUAGCUUUGAGCGUGUGUGGAAUCUAGCGGCGGUGGAAAAUGUGUACGAUUUGGGUUUCUGGGAUAACAUCGUGGAGGUGCUGUCGAACUGA